UAAAGAAAGAAAUAAUAAAAAUAUAUUUGAAAUCAAAAUGAAAGAUGGGGGAAAUAAGGAAAGUGGUUUGGAGAAAAUAAAUAAAAAUAAUGGAUUUUGAAAUCAAACGGAGGAGAGAGAGGGGACAAGCCCAUGUGAGGAAAAGAGGGGUUUAAAGAAAGUGAGGGAGUGGGUUGAUUAAAAAAAAGGAUUGUGGGUUUGAUGAUUCAUUAUUUUAAUAUAUAUAUAUAUAUAUAUAUAAAAUAAAGAAAGUUGGGAACAACAUGAUAAGGGUGUAUUUUAAAAUGAUAAAUAAAAGAAAGUGGAAGACAACAUGAUACGGGUGUGUAUGGAUGUGAUAAUGAGGGUGAAACAAAUUUGGUGGGUCUGAUUAAAUAAAUAAAAGAAGAAUGGGUGUGUGUGUAUGAAGCUCUGUGAGAGAUAGAGAGAUACGAGAUACACCACAAGCUUCGUUAUACAGAUGAGGCAUUAGUUUCUGCAGCUCAACUGUCAUACCAGUACAUUAGUGACCGCUUCCUGCCUGAUAAAGCAAUUGACUUGAUUGAUGAAGCUGGCUCUCGGGUUCGGCUCCGCCAUGCGUAGCUCCCAGAGGAGGCCAAAGAGCUUAGGGCUCAGAUCACGGCUCUUAUCGACAAAGACAAAGAGAUGAGCAAAGCAGAGACUGAAGCAGGGGACGGAGGUCCUGUGGUGACCAUGGAGGUGGAGUCGCCAAGGAGGACGGACCCAUGACCUUACCAUUUAUCAUGGCUGUAACAGUUUCAGACUAUGACUUAGAUGAAGAGGCUAGUGAAAGCGUGAGCUGGUGGCGCAAGGCAGCAGCGGCAACGGUGUUGUAAAUAAGUUGGGUAGUCAAAUUCCCUCAUCACCUGCAUCGUGCUCACCAGAGGCAAUGAAAUUAAUUGUUGCUCUAGUCGAAGAACAAAAUAUUCUAGAGGCAAAUACUACACUUGCUGCUGGAGUUUCAGCAUUUCUCUGGCUAUACAUCUCCAUCCAAGGGUAUAAACCUGCAAAGGUUGUUAUCACUUCUGAGCUCCCACUUGGCUCUGGCUUGGGUUCGUCUGCAGCAUUCUGUGUGUCAGUCUCAGCUGCCCUGCUUGCUUUGUCAGAAUCUGUGAAUCUUGAUUUUGGUCAUCAAGGUUGGUUAAUGUUUGGAGAAAAAGAGCUGGAAUUGGUGAACAAAUGGGCUUUUGAAGGUGAAAAAAUAAUCCAUGGGAAGCCGUCUGGUAUUGACAACAUAGUGAGGUACCGAGAGGGAGAGGGAGGUUUGAAUUGGUUGAGAUCCGGCGGGCAGUCAAGGCAAGGUUGCCGCCCGCCGGAAGGUGAAGAACACCAAAAUCUUUAACCUAUAGCUCUGAUACCAUGUAAGAAUU